CAGGCCGCACCAUCCUGCUGUCCACCCACCACAUGGACGAGGCCGACCUGCUUGGGGAUCGCAUCGCCAUCAUCUCCCACGGGAAGCUCAAGUGCUGUGGCUCCCCACUCUUCCUCAAGGGCACCUACGGGGACGGCUACCGGCUCACUCUGGUCAAGCGGCCUGCUGAGCCUGGGGACCCCCAAGAGCCAGGGCUGCCAGCCAGCCCCCCAGGCCGCACCCAGCUGAGCAGCUGCUCAGAGCCCCAGGUCUCCCAGUUCAUCCGCAAGCACGUGGCGUCCUGCCUGCUGGUCUCCGACACGAGCACAGAGCUCUCCUACAUCCUGCCCAGCGAGGCCGCCAAGAAGGGGGCCUUCGAGCGUCUCUUCCAGGUGUGGGCGGAGCGGGCUCAGAGGGGGUCCCUUCCCACG